UCGGAGUCGCGGACAAGGGAGAGAGUUGAGAAACAAAAUAUUUAUUAAAUUCAACGAACUUUAUGUAUAUAAGAUUUGUUGCUCUAUUCGUAUACGAAUGAACGAAUCAAUAUACGAUUAUUCUCGAUGGAAGUUAUAGGUUGCCUACGGAGAACUGUGUACGUAUAUGUGUAAAGUGAAAGAGAUUCGAGGAAUGUGUCCUGUCGCCCGUUGGUCGCAACUCUAUAUACGCAGCAGCAGAGGGUGAACAAAAUCACAACAUAGAACCAUCGACGCCGAGAACAAAUUGCAGGCGUCGGAGCUGCUGCUUGGCAAUAUUUGUUCAUUGUCGAAGUGGCUCCUCGGCAACUUGAGCUGGCUCAUUCUCGGCGCUUUCCGCACGAGACGCGAAAUGUCAAAUCCUGCAGAUCGUUUCAGUUACCUGCAGGACAGUAGUAGCGACACAGAGACCGAUCACAAGGAGUCGGAUGGCCGUGGAAGGCGACGCACUUACAAAAAUCGAUUGAGUUGUGGUGGCUCGACCAAACCAAAAUCUUGCUUGGCGCACCGGGAUGGCAACAGCAAGCAUCAUACUCGUUCAUACGAAACUUUAGCACAACACAGCAGGAUUCGUCCAGGCAUGGGAUUGUCGAAGAACCAGCAGAACCAGAACCGUGAAAAUGUGACAUCUGGGGCAAACUCGUCGUCCGGAACGAGCCUCCAUCAGCAGAGCAGCGACGAACGGAUAACUCUCAUCGUCGACAACACUCGCUUCGUGAUGGAUCCAGCACUGUUCACGGCCCAUCCGAAUACAAUGUUGGGUCGGAUGUUCAGCUCGGGCAUCGAGUUUGCCCAGUCGAACGAGCGGGGCGAGUACGAGGUCGCCGAGGGUAUCUCCGCGAUGGUCUUCCGCGCGAUCCUCGAGUAUUACAAGGGUGGCGUGAUCCGUUGCCCACCCACCGUCACCGUCCAGGAGCUGCGCGAAGCUUGUGACUAUCUCCUCGUGCCCUUCGACGCCAACACCGUCAAAUGUCAGAAUCUGAGAGGUUUGUUACAUGAACUCUCUAACGAAGGGGCACGAUGUCAAUUUGAAGUAUUUUUGGAAGAACUCAUACUGCCUUUGAUGGUGAAUAGCGCUCGUAGAGGCGAUCGGGAAUGUCACGUCGUUGUGCUCCUCGAUGAAGAUCGACUCGACUGGGAUGAGGAGUAUCCACCCCAGAUGGGCGAAGAAUACUCCCAAACUGUCAAUAGCACGGUGAUGCAUCGUUUUUUCAAGUACAUCGAAAAUCGCGAUGUGGCCAAACAAGUGAUGAAAGAGCGUGGAUUGAAAAAGAUCAGACUGGGGAUCGAGGGCUACCCCACGUACAAAGAAAAGGUAAAAAAGCGAGCUGGUGGUCGUGCUGAGGUCAUUUACAAUUACGUCCAACGGCCGUUCAUCCACAUGUCCUGGGAGAAAGAGGAGGCCAAGAGUCGCCAUGUGGACUUCCAGUGCGUCAAAUCUAAAUCCGUGACGAAUCUCGCUGAAGCAACUGCCGAUCCAAUCCUCGACUCUGCUGGGAAUCCCAUGAUUCACUUUCAAGCGCCGGAACAGCAUCCACCCCCCGAGCCUUCACCGUCAGCCGACGCAGAUGCCGAAGCAGCGGGACUUAUUCCGCCGGAGCAGGAUGAACCUCAACAACAGCCCUGAGUAAAGCUUCCGCUGUUCGCACAGCAACCGAGACGACAGCACUUGAGUGGAGCACGUCGCACCGUCUCCCUAAACAACAGCAACAAUAACAACGCUCUGGCCAAAAAGAAAGUAGCCUGGAAAAAUAAAACUAGCACUCUACGCUGAGUUCAUGACUGAGAAUAUUUAAAUGACUGAAAAAAUUUAUGCGUACACUCUUUUUUAUAGUGACUAUUUAUUUUAACGAUACAUGAGAGCGAUUGUAUUCCACUUGGAAUAUUUCAUUAUUUGAAAUUUUUGGAAUAAUAAAAUUAACUGCAGAGAAAUAAGUACUGUUUUCAUCAAAGAAAAUGCUGUAUUGUAUUUCUCUAGUGCUUUCUUCAAGAAUAAUCGCGUUGUUCCCCUAUGAAAUAUUCCAAACGUUGGUGUUAAUUCAUAUUAUUUUUUUCGAUGUAUACUUUUAAUUCAAAAAAUUUAAAUAAGCAAGCUACCGUAUUGAAUAUCAACGUUUUCAAAUGGGCAAAUAUAUAAUAUAUGCACAUGUGUGUAAGUCUAUGUAAUGUGAUUUCAAAAGAUCCACUCGUUCAAUGUUUUUAACAUAAUACUAUGAAAUGUAGAUCUUUUUAUAAAUUGUGUACGCGAGAAAAUAUGUGUUUGCCCCUGAAUUUUGUACGUCAAUAUCAAUGUAAUUCUAAAUAAUUUAAUUCCAUUAAUACUAGAAUCAAAGAUUGAAAAGUAUUCUAAAAAUUAUAAGACAAAUAAUGAUUGUUAAAAAAAUUUUACACUACUCAUUUUAUACGAUCAAAGAUGACUCGAGUGAAUGAUAUUUUCACAAUUUCAUAUUACAAAUGAACGCAAAUGGUUGAGAAAAUAAUUAUGAACGGUUCAGUAAAUAUUUGUGUAUCAGCAGUAAACUAUGCCGUACGACUUUCUAAACGUGGUGCUAAGACGAUGAAAAAGGAAGUAGCUUCGAUUUUAAAAGGGUCAGUAAUACGUUGAUAGAAAAAAAAACUGUACUCUUCCGUUACUUUAUAUGAAAAAAAAUUAUUUGCCGAACUGCAAAUCUCUUCAAAAUCUAGUUGAUGAUGCCGAUUAUAAGCAUACGCAUAUACAUGUAAAAAAAAUGAAGGUUCGAAUCAAUUUAAUUUAUUUCAAAUCUAACCAGUGCAAAUGCCAAAGUGUUAAACAAUUCCAUAUCAUUUGUAUUUUCAUCGCACACAAGUGCGAACAUGUUAAA